AUGGCUGGUCGCGGUGAAUACCAGAAGCAGCUGGCCGCUCUCUGGGCCAAAGCCAAAACACACAACCUGGAGUUCAAGGACAUCCUGCCCAAGGAUAUGGAAGAGGAGCUUUUGCAGAUAAAGGAACUCAAAGACUCUCGAGAGCUUAUCCAGGGCUUUCAGGAGCGCGAGGGGCAGCUGCGGGCAGCAAAUGAGGCCCUCAACAAGGACUUGAUCGAAAAGCAAUCGGAGAUCGACAAUCUACCCGCCGAGUACCAGUCUACAAAGAUGGACUUGAAGCAAGCUCACCGCCAGAUUGAUAAUCAUAAGGAUACGAUCGCUGAUCUCAACGAGCGUAUCGAGCGCUACCGGGCUCAAGCUAAGGGGAUCGUAGCCGUCAAGCAAGCCGAUGCCGCCGCCACCGAGAAGCUUAAGAACCUGCAAAUGGAGGUUGAAGAUCAGCAAAUCAUCAUCGAUAGUCUCGAGGAAGAUAAUCGAAAGUCGGUAGCGAUAUUCGAACAAUUGCGCGAGGCAGAUGCAAAGGCUCUUAAGCGCAAAGACAAUCUGCUCGCGAAGAAAGACAAGGAAUUGGCGGCAAAGAAAGAUUCGAUCGUAAAGAAGGAAGUUAUGAUUACCAACCUCCGCCAACAAGCUCAUAAGACGCACAACAUUGAUGUCGCACAGGGCAAUACCGCAUUUGCAUCGUCAGAUGCUGACUAUGGCGCUGAGACACCGGUGGACACGUCGCAAGACGACUUGCUAGUGACGAAAGAAGAGAACAUCAAUCUGCUGCAGCGGAACCUCGAGCUCUCGGUGCAGAAUCGUGCUCUGGAGGAACAACAUGUUCAGAUGAAAACGCAACUCUAUGAGGCACUUGCGUCGCACGAAUCUUCAGAUCGAAAUUUCGCUGCUAUUGUGUCUGAGACGAAGACACUGUUUCGUUUCUACCAGGCUUCCUCGCAGGUUUUGGACUUGUUUGCCAACUCCUUCUUAGCAUCAAAAGCCAGCAUCCCGUCCUUGGUCCUCAUCGAAUCUCAGCUCGACGCAGCGCAGGAGGCCCUCAGCGGCUACUUCGAAGUCAAGAAGGUUGUUCGAGCCAUUAACAGUCAGCCGGACAACAACAACCUGGAUCGGACCGCGUUGUACAAGGAACUUGACUCUCUAGCGAUGUCGGCCUCCGAUUCAGCGAUCAGCCUAGAGACCCUCCACUCGGGCUUAUGGUCGUUCCUCAACCAGCUGUCGCAUGAUCCAAAGUUGCUCUCAGAUCUGAAUGCUGCGAUUGAACUUGCCAUGAUGGCCUCACGAUUGAGCCAGGUUGAGUAUUGCUCCAAGCCAUGA